AUGAAGAUCUUCGUCCGUCACCUUCGUAUCCGCCCAAAUAUACGGUCUUCCCUUCGCGCACCCCCACAAGCCUCACCCGCGCACUACCAACCGCACCCCCAUGUGCCUGAAGGCGUAGAAGCAGAAUCACUCACCCGCUACAAGCCGCCUAGUAAGCUCAGUUCGCCAACUCGUAGCGCACUGCAGGAGAGCCGUAUACCGGCCAGUCGUCAGCAACUACAGCAAUCGCAAUACCGAAACAGAGAUUACGAUGCGGAGGAGGAAACCAGUAGCUACACUCCGAGACAGCGCUCUAGAGAAUACGAAGAGGAGGAGAUAACCUCCUACUCGCCCCGUCAGCACGCCUCAAGGGCUCGACCCCAGUCACAGCCCCGAUAUCAGAGCCAUGAAGAAAACGACGAGGUCAGCGCCUACAGCUCCCGUCAGCGCUCUUCAAAGAGCAGGGCAUAUGAAGAAGAUUCAGGCGACUACGCCCACCACUCGCGCACGUCAAAGGCCGAAUCAUAUGCAGAGAUUGAGCCCACAGAGCGUGCUCCAAAACCUCCCAAGGAACCGCGCGUCAGAGAACCCCGCCUGCACCUCUCCGACCUCAUCCCCGAGAGCUUCACCCCAUACUCCUACCGCUGGGAGACGCUCGCUCCUACCCCCGACGAGCUCAUUGACGCCGACCGCUUCUUCCUCAAAUACCCGCCCAAGCAUCUGUGGUCUGAGGCUAAGUUCAAGAAGAUUGAUUUUGGGGACGUGCCUGAGGUUGCGUUUCUCGGCCGCUCGAACGUAGGAAAGUCUUCGCUGCUGAAUGCGUUGCUAAAUAACAAGAACCUGGCAUAUACAUCGUCUAAGCCUGGGCGAACGAGGCUCAUGAAUGCAUUUGGUAUCGCGGACGGGAAGCUGGUGUUGUUAGAUAUGCCGGGGUAUGGGCAUGCCUCUAGAGAGGAAUGGGGAGUGCAGAUUAUGAAGUACUUAAAGUCACGAAAACAGUUCCGACGUGCUUUCUUGCUGAUUGAUGCGAAGCAUGGACUUAAAAAGAACGAUUUGCAGCUUCUAGAACAGUUUGGGCAGGAGGGUAUCUCAUACCAGAUUGUGUUAUCGAAAAUCGACAGGGUCAAGCCAAAGGAUUUAGAAAAGCUAUUCAAGGAGGUACGUGAUCUCAUGGAAAAUGGAAUCCCCGGUGCCAAUGCUGGCCUUGGGGAGAUUCUGGCUACAGCUGGAGACCCUGCGAAGAAGGGAGAGAAAAAAGUGGGACUGAGUGACCUGAGACGGGCUAUCUUGGUCGCUUCUGGCCUGGAAGGCGUUCAAAUUUGA